GCAAACAAACGCUGUAUGAAGCAUCGUCAGGUUUCUGAGACGAGCACGGUGUCGACUCUCGCGCUCAUUAUCUCUGUGGAAGAGCUGAGAGUGGCUGUGCGUCUCUGAGCCGAUGGGCUACGGCAGGAUUUUCUCAGCGCCGCUUGUUUUGAAGUUAAUUUGACGAACUUUCCGAAGAGAAACGACGCUCAAUAUGAAAUGUAACGUUAAAAAAAUGCGCGGUUAUGAUUUAAUUUAGACUCACUUGCCUCUUAGUCCUGCUCGCUGUCAGAGACAAAGAGAAGCCCUUCUGCUGCGCUUGUGGAUGGAUAUAUGAGCACUUGGGCGGUAGUCUACGGGCUUGUAGUCACUGUGGCUGGCAGGCACAAGUUGGGGGGCACCGAAAGGAGUUUGUAAGACUUACCAAUGUGAAGAACACUUCAGAACCAAGGACAGAUCCAAACCGGUGCCUGGCAAAGAUGCCCAAAGUGAACAACAUCUGGAAUCUGCUCGUCACAUUAAGCUCUUCACGUUUCUAACGUACUGAAGCUCGGCUUGCGCAAAGAAACCCUUCAAAUCCAUUCGGGAAGAAACACCUAGUGCUACUAACAGGAAAUAUUAAAGAUGCUGCACUCACUGACAGAGGACUUGAAAGACAUCUGCCUCCAAAUUGUUUGAACCUCUUCUGCUCUCCACUUCAACCUGCUAAAUCAAGCUACCUGGUCCUGCCAUGCUGAGUGCAGUGCUCUGCCCCAAGUCGCAGGCCAAUUCUGCACAUUACUGGCCUCUCCAUGUGUUCCUUCUCGAGCUGCUGAUACCAGGAGUCCUGCUUAGUAUUUCCAGACUGCCCCCUUCAGCCAAACGUGAGAUCAUCGUCGAUGGGGACUUGGUGAUUGGAGGCCUGUUCCCGGUGCACGAAAAAGGCGAUGGAAUGGAAGACUGUGGUAAGAUCAAUGAGGGGAGAGGGAUCCAGAGACUGGAAGCCAUGCUGCUGGCACUUGAUGAGAUUAACUCCAGCGAUCGCAUCCUUCCUGGUCUCCAGCUGGGGGCUCACAUCCUGGACACCUGCUCGAAAGACACUUAUGCUCUGGAGCAGUCGCUAGAUUUUGUAAGAGCAUCCCUCACUAAGGUGCACGACCCAGGUUUCAUCUGCCCAGACGGCUCGAGACCAAUUCAAAAUGAGGUUCCACUGGCCAUCUCAGGGGUUAUUGGAGGAUCUUACAGUGAUGUUUCAAUUCAGGUGGCUAACCUCCUGCGACUGUUCCAGAUCCCUCAGAUCAGCUAUGCCUCUACUAGUGCAAAGCUCAGUGAUAAAACCCGCUAUGACUACUUCGCCCGCACCGUGCCCCCUGACUUCUACCAAGCUAAAGCAAUGGCUGAGAUUCUGCGUUACUUUAACUGGACAUACGUGUCAACAGUAGCAUCAGAGGGUGACUAUGGUGAAACAGGCAUUGACGCCUUCCAGCAGGAGGCCCGCUCUCGCCAAAUCUGCAUUGCCACUUCAGCCAAAGUGAGUCGUUCCAUGAACCGCCAGGGCUAUGAGAAUGUGAUCCGCUCCUUGCAACAAAAGUCUAACGCAAAGGUUGUCAUCCUGUUCACGCGCAGUGAGGACGCUCGCGAGCUCCUUGUGGCUGCUGCCAGAAUGAAUGUCACUUUCACUUGGGUGGCCAGUGAUGGGUGGGGAGCACAGGAGGGUGUGGUGAGGGGCAGCGAGACUGCAGCAGAUGGAGCUUUCACCAUUGAACUAGCCUCCUAUCCUGUCAGAGAGUUUGAAGACUACUUUACCAAACUGAACCCAUCGACCAAUAUGAGGAACCCGUGGUUCAGGGAGUUCUGGGAGCACCGGUUUGACUGCAGCCUACAGGAGCCUGGCUGUGCUGACUACAGCUUACGAGAUGGAACUUUCGAACAGGAAUCCAAAAUCAUGUUUGUGGUGAACGCAGUCUAUGCGAUGGCCUAUGCCCUGCACAACAUGAGGCAAGCAGUGUGCUCCAACACAUCUAAGGUCUGCGAUGCUAUGAAACCAGGUAAUGGCAAAAGGUUCUACAAGGAGUUCAUCUUGAAGACCAAAUUUGAAGCACCAUUCAAACCUGCAGACACAGAGAACAUGGUGCGCUUUGAUUCAGUUGGUGAUGGCAUAAGCCGCUACAACAUCUUUCAUUACCACAAAGAAGAGGGGAAGUUCGUCUACAAGAAAGUUGGUUACUGGGACCAGAACCUGACCUUGAAUACCACCAUGGUGCCCUGGCGUGGUGAUGUGCCACCAACCUCCCAAUGUAGUGACCCUUGCAGGAAGAAUGAAGUGAAGAGCAUGCAGCCUGGUGAUGUGUGCUGCUGGAUCUGUAUUCCCUGUCAGUCCUACCAGUACCUGCAGGAUGAGUUCACCUGUGCUGACUGUAGUUUCGGUCAGUGGCCUCUGGCUAACUUGACUGGCUGCUAUGAUCUGCCUGAAGAAUACAUCCGGUGGGAGGAUGCCUGGGCUAUUGGGCCUGUUACCAUUUCUUGCCUUGGCAUACUGUGUACCCUGUCAGUAGUAGGCGUAUUCUUCAAGCACAAUGAAACACCGGUGGUUAAAGCAAGUGGACGUGAGCUCUCCUACAUCCUGUUGUUGGGAGUGCUGAUGUGCUACAGCAUGACCUUUAUCUACAUCACCAAGCCUUCCACAGCUGUUUGCACCCUACGCCGUCUAGGCCUGGGGACCUCCUUCGCAGUAUGUUACUCAGCUCUCCUAACCAAGACGAACCGCAUCGCUCGCAUCUUCAGUGGGGUAAAGGAUGGAGCGCAGCGGCCACGUUUCAUCAGCCCGGCCUCCCAGGUAGCAAUCUGUGGUGCUCUUAUCUCCUGCCAGCUUCUAGUGGCUGUUAUCUGGCUGCUUGUGGAGGUGCCAGGGGUUCGAAAGGAGGUGAGCCCAGAGAGGAGAAACAUUGUUACGCUCAAGUGCAACAGUAGGGACACCAGCAUGCUCAUCUCUCUCACCUACAAUUGCAUUCUCAUCAUCCUCUGCACCGUCUACGCUUUCAAGACAAGAAAGUGUCCCGAAAACUUCAACGAGGCCAAGUUCAUUGGGUUUACCAUGUACACCACCUGCAUCAUCUGGCUUGCCUUUCAGCCUAUCUUCUACGUCACAGCCAGUGACUACAGGGUACAGACCACCACCAUGUGCAUCUCCGUCAGUCUGAGUGGCUCCGUGGUUCUCGGGUGCCUCUUCGCCCCAAAGGUCCACAUCAUUCUUUUUCAGCCCCAGAAAAAUGUGGCCACACUAAGAGUCACAACCAACCGCUUCAGUACCACAGUUUCUACGUCUGCCUCUGCCCCCAGCUCCAGCUUCUCAAAAGGAUCAGCCUCCAACUAUGUGCCAGCAGUUUGCAACGGGCGAGAAGUGGUGGACUCCACAACAUCCUCUUUGUGAAAAACAUUCCUCUCUAAGCAGAAGCAACCAUCCUGUCAUCAAUCAUCCUUCCAUCCAACAGAGCUGUGUAUGACAGAGCCCCCAUGGCAUCUAACAUGUUGCAGAGAGAUAACUAGACUGACGGUGGCAAUGGUAACUCUAACUGUGAAAGCGUAACGAUGUUCUUACAGUGAGCAGUAUGUAUCAACUGUAAAGCCUUUUUUUUUGUAUAGAUUUAAUAUGCUGUGAUCUCCUUGGUUUACAGAUAGAUGUGAUUAAAUGCACCGUGCCUUGUCCUAAAGAGUCUUGUUGUCAAAUGGGUGGUUGUGAAGCAAUAGUGUUAUACAAAAACAAAAGGCUGUUCUUAUUGUGUUCUUACAGUGCUGUGAAUAUAUCCAGAUGUUUAGACAUUGACAAAAUAAUGCUUUGAGAUAAAGUUAGCCCUUCUGUUAAGCAAAAUGUGUGACUAACUAUAGUGAACGUGAUGAAAACUAGGCAACUAGACAACGUAAAGGACGUGUGUUAAUGUAGACUGGUAUAGCAGUGUGUGCUUACUUGUAAUUUAUGUAAAUAAAAUGUUCUUUUUUAAUAUUAAAAGGUCAAAUUCCA